AUGGCCAUGUGGCCCCGAAUGAGAGGGAUCCAUUUCUGGCCCUUCACCGUCAAAGUGGCGCCUCGCAAGCCUUCCUCCCGGUGCAGAGGUGUGCAGCGGGCAGCCGAUCCCCGGCCUGAGAAAGUCGCGUGGUGGAUGAGCCAGCCGCCAACCGAGCCCGUUUUUGAUGCGCGGGGGCUGCGGUCGCGGCAACGUUGCGGGCGGCAAGGCAGGGACAGCCCAGCUAGAUAUCUCGGCGAUGGGUUGGGCGAGGCGGAUGUGCCGUCGUUGGGUCCCCGGCGGCCGCGGUCCCUCGCAUCAUCCGUGCGAAGCAGCGUAGAGAGGGCCAUCAGGUUGAACAGAUUCCAGGUUGCAGCCGUAGAUGGACGGCGUGCCGCGGCUCCAAAAGAGACCAGAAGCCUGGAGGGGACACACGCGAGGAAGAAACAAAAUGACGACAGCAACAGGAAAACAAUCGACGCACUCACUUGAUGGUGCUGUGGGUUGUAUGUAGUAAACGAGAUGCCCGGCCGAGUCGGUAUGCCACCUAAUGCAGCUGGCCUGGCUCUGUUUCUGAUAGGGCUACGGUUGGUCUCCGUGAGGGGAUGAGGUAGGACGAGGCAGGUACCUUGAUGGGAACCGACAGGUCAACUCCUGCAGCUUCCAGCGGUUGGAUCUAGACUCUGUCUUGCUGGCGGUGGCACAAGAUUUGAGAUCGCCGGUGUCGCGUCAACGGCAGUACUUUGUUUGGCGCCUGUUCGCCGACGUUCGAGUAAGCAGGGGGGGCUGGUUGGUAUGCGAAGCUUGUUGAGCUAUGUGGUCAAAUAUCCCAGAAUAUGGCGGCAGCAACGUGGCUGAGAUGGGGACAUACUCAGAGAGAGAAAUUGAAGAGGAAAAGAAAAACAUGAGAACCGCAUCCUACGCCAGUACGAGUGCCAAUAUAUAGCUCGACUCUAUAUACCAAUUCAC